AUGGGAUCUUCCCGUGACCUUGAAGUGAAUAUCAAUGGCGAAGAAAGUUUCAUGGUAGACAAGAAUAUUCUUUCAUCUUUCUCCCGUAAAUUUAGCAACUUAAUUGGUAAUCUGGAAGACAAAAAUGGGGGCCAGAAAGUUAUAAUUAAUGACUUUCCAGGAGGUGCACAUGGUUUUGAGCUCAUAGUAGAACUUUGCAACAAUAGUAACAGGAUCAAGAUAACUCCAUCCAAUGUAGCCCUGCUAUGUUCUGCUGCUCAUUUCUUGGAGAUGGAAUGUGAUCAUGAUCAUGAUCAUGAUCUUGUAACACCCAGCUUCAAACACCGAAUUGAAAAUUUUCUUGAAGGGAUUCGUAUCUGGACUUGGUGUGAACUCCUGGAAGCAUUGAAACAGUGCCAAGAAUUAUUCUCUUCCAAAAGUUGUUUAGCAACUCUAGAGAGAAUUUUGGAUCACUUGAUGGAAAGCCUUACUUUGCAUAUUACAAGCCUAUAUACAUCUUCCGCUGAGAGAUCCAGCAUCCGGUUUUCCUGUGAUACUAGCAGUGCCAGCAGCUGUAGAAACAACUCCUCUGGGACUACAUGGUGGUUUAAACAUCUUCUGUUCUUGAAGAUUGUUUUGUUAGACAAGAUGAUAAGGAUAAUGAUAUCUCAUGAUUUUGAUCAUGGUAUACUGUCCAAGUUUUUAUUCUACUAUCGCAACUUAAGUUGUGUUUGUGCUGCACGAGCUGGGAGGAUUGAGAUAACUGAGGUUGUGAUCAAUCUUCUUACAUUGCUCGAUAUGAAAUCGGUUUCUUGGAAGGAUUUAUUCGAUCUUUAUCGAAUUGCUACUGGCUUGAGAUUAAGCAGAGUUUGCAAAAACAAGAUAGAAGGUCUUGUUGUUCCUCUGCUGCAUCAUGCAACAAUCGAUUAUCUACUUCUUCCAUCUCCACGUGGGAGUCGUCAUGCAUAUGAUGUUGAUUCUGUCCUAAGGCUCAUGCAUAAAUAUUAUUUUGGAGGAAGUACUGCUGAUUUAACUUUGAGUCCAAUUAAGAGAGUUGCAAAAAUGAUGGAUUUGUUUCUUGCCGAAGUUGCUCCAGAUCCUCAUCUAAAACCUUCUGAGUUUGAAGCAUUGAUUACUGUGCUCCCAGAUACAGCGAGGGAAUCUCAUGAUCAGUUAUAUCAAACCAUGGACAUGUAUCUAAAGGUCCAUGCAGGAGUAGGUGACAAGGAAAAGAUGAGUAUCUGUCGUCCACUGAAGCACGAGAAGCUGUCACCUAAACUUUUGAGACAUCUCAGACGAAAUUUGUUAUUUCCUUCUGAAACAAAACUAAGGGCUCAUGUUACUAAACGAUGCCGAAUGAAAACCUUAUUCCUGGAAAAUUAUACUUUGAAAAACUUUUUUGACUCCAUGUUAUGUAAAACCUUCAAGAAGAUGGAUGUGGAAGAGAUUCUUAGAGGAGUUUUGGAAGGGAUGCGGAGUGGGAACCAAUUGGCUUGCGAAAAGAAGUCAGGAAUUCAUAUCGAGAGCAAUGGAAUUCACUUGCCAAAACUCUGA